AUGCGGCCAUGCAUGCUGCGUUUUGCAUGGGCACAAGAACCCAUUCAUUUGAAUGGACUCCCGUGCCCUGGGACACAUAGGGAAGACAUCCCUGCACUUCUUUGGAAAUCGCAGCCCGCACGGGAACCUCGGUUCCCAGUGCGGUUGCGAUUUCUAGUGUGGGCAGCGUGCCAUUAGAAUUAAUGGCAUCCGCCCGCAGGUCCGCAUUCUUCUGUGUGGGUGGUGCCGCUGCAGAUCCACACAAAAAUCCAUGCAGCCGCAGCACCCGCACAGAGGAAUGCGGACCCUCAGGCGG